AGCGGGCGCCGGCGGACUUCGGCCGGGAACCAGCUCCAGUGUGAGCGACCUGGGACUUGGGGCCGAGGUGGCUCCCUUGGCCGCCGCCAAGCUGCCGAGGCAGCCUGAACCCCGGGCGGGUGUCCAGCCGCAAGUCAGACUGGGCCCGGGUAGGAGGAGAGGAAAUGACCUUUGGCUCUAAAAAGAAGACCCUAUUUUUCAUGAUAAGAUGGCAGCAGUGAAAACCCCCAGCAGAGAACUAAAGAAUGCUGAAGAACCAUUUCAUAACGUAUCGCCCCUCCUUUUGAAGAGCCUAGUGGAGGAGCCCCCAAAAAGACGAGAAGUGCCUAAUCACCUCCUAGAAUCAAAGGUUUAUGCAAAACUUCUGAAUAAUAAGGUCAUACAAGCAAAGCCUGGCAUACUGCAUUUUGGAGGCUAUCAAGUAGAAAAGCAACACCAACAGACUCUGCAUCUGGUCAACAUUUCCAACGAAGACAUACAUGUUCAUAUUUUACCCCCACAAACCAAAUACUUUCAGAUCAAGUAUGUAAAAAAGGAACACCGCCUUGUCCCCGGCUUGUCCCUUACAGUCACCACUACAUUCUCACCAGACGAGUGGCGAUACUAUUAUGAUUGCAUCCGUGUUCACUGUAAGGGUGAUGAUACUUUGCUGAUUCCAAUCCAUGCCUAUCCCGUCAUGAACACCCUGGACUUUCCCUCAUUUAUAAAUCUAUCAAAUGUUCUACUUGGUGAAAGCAAAAAAUAUGUUAUUCCUUUGCAGUGCAGCUGCCCUGUAGACUUUGAAUUUCAUAUUACUUUGAUUCAGUCUCAUCAAGCCUUUGCUAUUGAGCCAACAUCAGGAAUAAUUCCAGCGAAUGGGAAGAUGGAUGUGACUGUGACGUUUGCACCCUUGCAGUAUGGGACGGCACAGAUAAAAAUGCAGCUAUGGAUUUCACAGUUCAAUUCUCAACCCUACGAAAGUGUGUUCACCGGAACAUGCUACCCUAACAUGGCUUUAAAAUUAGAAGAAUUUAAAAUGUUAAAUACUCUUUCUAAGAAAGUAGACAUUCCUUCAGAAAAGGCAAUGACACGGAUACGUUUUCAGCAACUGCCAGCAAAGUCAAAACCUGCAAAAAUUAAGGAAAUUGAAUAUCAGAACUUGAGAUUUCCGGUAGAUUUAUCAAAUCCAUUUGCUGUGGCAACUGUUUUAAACCAAGAACCAGGAAAACUGAAGAUAAAAAAGCUAAGAGAAGUUUUGGACCAAGGCAAUGAGAUUUCAAAAACAAGACAGAUGAAGGAAGCACUCUUUGAACAGAAAGUCAGACAGGACACUUGUGAAGAGAUUGAAAAUCAUCUGAAGUGGCAGGUGCACCUUGGUAAAGAUCCUGUGUCUUUUAAAUUUAGAAAAGACGUUGCUGAAGAUUGGCAAAGAAUAAACGCCAAAUACAAGCUGGAUAGAGGAGAUCCUGUUUUGGAUGAGGAAUUUCAGCGACUGAAGACAGAAGUUAACCAUAAACGGGUUGUUCACAAUCUAGAAGAAAAAAUCAAGGAAUUUCAUCCUAAUUUUGAUCCACUCACGAAUAAUACUUGGGUCAAUAGGUUCAGGGCCCAAAGACGGUUUCAACAAGUAGCACGCAAGGUCAUGGUUCACCGACGAUUACUCAAAAUGCUGGAUGCUGUUCGUGACAUGGACAGAGAGACCAUAGUCAGAAGGCUCAGCUAUGGAAGACAAUUGGUAACGCGAGACAAGAAUCCCUCCAAAUUCCAACCGCUGAAGACUAGUCAAGACGAUUAUUCCUGCCGGUUCUCCGUGUCGCCCAGUCAAGUGCUGCCCUUUGCCUUCCCAUCCCACAAUCCUCCCCAGGCCUCCAACGAGUUGGCUCCUGAUGGCCUUGGACCAGUCCCAAUUAAAUCUGUAGAAAUUCAAGUCAAGCACAGUCAUUCCUUCCUCAAGCUGCAGGUUCCUCAACUGUACAAAAUCAAGGGGUAUCAGCCAUUCUGUAUCCAGAGGUCUUCAACAAGUUACAGGCCUCAAAAGCUUGCUCGAGCCCUGAGGCAAGGAGCUGAGGAUGAAGGCACCACCAUCAUCACCCUGCCGAAGCAGGAUGCCACCCCUCAGUUCCCUGACAAGACCUCAGUCUUGAGCAUGAAACCACCUGAGGCCUUAGCUGUGUCUCCAGAUUAUGACCCACUUUAUAUUUUUAAUCCCAGCCCAGGAUUAUUUGCUGUGAAGCACCCUCUGACCUACGCAGAAACCUUGAUAGAUUACCAUCUGUGCUCUCACCCAAAGUACAAGUUCACCAAGGAGUACCACAGUGGGUCCAGCAUUCCUGUCACCCAAAAACAGUUUCUCCAUCACACGGACAUCAUACCCGGGAUAAUGCACUGGAAGAGCUUCCAGUCCGUCGUUCUCUCAUCCCUGCCUGAGACCUCUACGUCAGAGCUGACACAGAGCUGUGAUUCCCUCAAUUCAGUUCUGCUUCCUAUAAAUGUCCCUGCCAUUCUUGAUGCCUUACCAGAAGAAGACAGAUUGGAAACCGUCGAACGGGAGCUCUGUGAACAGAAUAUAGAAGUUAUGUUGACUCCAGAAAUGAUCAAAGUGGAAUUCUUUAUGUUGGACUGCAAAGACACCAAAAAGGAAAAGGAGGUAAUACACCAAGCACAACCAGUGGAGAAGGCAGGAGAAAAGGUGCUGGAGGAGAUGAAGAAUCUGCGGGCCAAAGCUCUCAACUCGUACCUGAUUCUAGAAUAAAAAUCACCAGUAGGUCAGUUGCUGUCAUUUGCUUUCUGCAGGUCACUGUGGUCCUUUGUAUCCAUUUAUGUUUCAGCCAUUUUGGGAAUUGAAGUUUCUAGUGAAAAAAAAAAUUGA